AUGGUGGGAGGAACUAACUCCACCCUAUUUCCUUGGGACGGGUUCGAAGAAGGAACCCUGUUGUCCCUUUCUCGUGGUACUCCCCAUGCACCUACGUUGGCUGUCUACUUAAUACGAGCCAUGCCGUCCUGCAUAAGGGAUAGGACGUCUGACUUAAGAAAAGAGGAAAGAAGAAAAAGACGAGUACAUCCCCGUCCAAGAGAAGUGGCAACUGAAAGGAUGACUCCCCAAGAAAUAAAAGCAUUAAAAAAAGAGGGAUCCAAGGUUGGUAGUCACCAAAUUGCUAAUCACCAAAGAGCUUCUUCGAUUGAUGAUCUGGAUGAUGAGAGUGGUCGGCCUCCAAGAUUGUCUGAAGGGUUUGCUGCUGCAAAAUUAGUGCUAUUCCAUAACCCAGAUUGCAAGGAUUUAACAGUUGGAGAGUUGUUGAAAUCAACUUAUAAUUUCAGUCAGGCGAAUAUUAUUGGUUGUGGUGGAUUUGGUCUAGUAUACAAAGCUAGCCUCCCAGAUGGAUGCAAAGUUGCUAUAAAGAGGCUUUCUAGGGACUGUGGUCAAAUGGAACGUGAAUUUCGUGCAGAAGUGGAAGCUUUAUCAAAGGCUCAGCAUAAGAACCUUGUUCCCUUGCAAUGCCACUGUCAGACAGGAGAUGACAAGUUGUUGAUUUACUCGUUUAUGGAAAACGGAAGCUUGGACUACUGGUUGCAUGAGUGCAUUGAUCGUGGCUCAGCACUUAAUUGGAGUGCAAGAUUGAGGAUAGCUCAAGGUGUCGAGCAUGGUUUAGUAUACCUCCAUAAGGUUUGUCAGCCAAAUACAGUCCACAGAGACAUAAAAUCUAGGAAUAUUCUUCUUAAUGAGAAUUUUGAAGCCCAUUUGGCGGAUUUUGGACUGUCGAGAAUUGCAGGGAUUGGUUUCUUGGGUGUUUCAGAUGAAAUUGGAGAAGAAAGAAGAGCUGGUGAUUGA